AUGUCCGACGUCGAGAAAGGCCAUGGCUCCUCCAUUCACAAUGUUGCGCGCCCAGUACCAGGCGCUCACAUUGCCAACCCUGGCGCGCUUGGUCUGCUUGCCUUCGCGUCAACAACGUUCAUGUUGAGUUUCUACAACGUCCAAGUGGAUGGUAUCACCCAUCCUAACGCUGUCGUUGGAAUGGCGCUCUUCUACGGGGGUCUUGCCCAGUUGCUCGCUGGCAUGUGGGAGUUCCCUCGCGGGAAUACAUUCGGCGCGACUGCCUUCUCAUCGUAUGGCGCGUUCUGGCUGUCCUAUGCAGUUGUCCUUUGGCCCAGCUCUGGUAUCAUCGCCGCCUUUGAAGACCCCAAAGAACUCGACAAGGCGCUCGGCAUUUACCUCUUCUCGUGGUUCAUCAUCACCUUCAUCUUCCUGAUCGUCUCGCUCCGCAAGUCCGUCGGGUUCAUCACGCUGCUCUUCUGCCUGGACCUCACCUUCCUUCUGCUCGGCGCCGGCAACUUCGUCACCAACCACAACGUGACCAAGGCUGGUGGCGGAGUGGGCAUCCUCACCGCGUUCAUCGCGUACUAUAUCGGGCUCAGCGACAUGCUUGCCGCCGAGCGCGCGGCUGUGAUUGGCCUGCCCGUCGGUGUCUUUAAGCACGAUUAA